ACAAACACGAUUUGACUUAAAUGAAAACCUAAGUGCUGAUGAAUAGGAGUUCUACCAAAGCAACAAGUUAGUGUUUUCUUCACGUUUAACUUGAAUUCACUUUUUUACCCUUUUUUUAAAAAAAAAGAAGAAAAAAAAAGAUCAGCAGUAAAUAUUGCCCUGAAGAAGGGUGCAAUUGCUUGCAUUUUAAUUUUUGUUUUUUAAUAUGGCUGUAAACGUUUCCCUGGUUCGUGAUACAAAAUGGCUGACGUUAGAAGUGUGUCGAGAGUUUCAGAGAGGUACUUGUUCUCGGUCUGAUGCAGAGUGCAAGUUCGCCCAUCCGUCACGGAGUUGCCAUGUGGAAAAUGGUCGAGUUAUUGCCUGCUUUGACUCCCUAAAGGGCCGGUGUACCCGAGAGAACUGCAAAUAUCUCCACCCACCUCCACACUUAAAAACACAACUUGAAAUAAACGGACGCAACAACCUGAUCCAGCAGAAGACAGCCGCAGCCAUGUUUGCUCAGCAAAUGCAGUUCAUGCUACCAGGCGCGCAGCUACAGCCGAUUACAACAUUUCCUGUGACUCCAUCGCUUGCAACAAGCCCCACGAUGGCUUUUAGUCCCUACCUGAGUCAUGUUUCUCCUGGGAUGGGCUUGGUUCCUGCAGAGCUUUUACCAAAUACUCCUGUCCUGGUUUCUGGAAAUCCUACUGUUACAGUACCAGGAGGCUCUGCUGGGCAGAAACUGAUGCGUACGGAUAAACUGGAGGUUUGUCGAGAGUUUCAGCGUGGAAAUUGCACACGUGGUGAGAAUGAUUGCCGCUAUGCUCACCCUAUAGAUAUUGCAAUGAUAGACACAAAUGAAAAUACUGUUACAGUUUGCAUGGAUUACAUCAAAGGUCGAUGCUCUAGGGAGAAAUGCAAGUACUUUCAUCCCCCUGCACACCUGCAAGCCAAAAUCAAGGCAGCUCAACACCAGGUGAACCAGACAGCUGCAGCUGCAAUGACUCAGCCAGCUGUCAGAUCACUGAAACGACCGCUCGAGGCAACCUUUGACCUGGCCCUGCCGCCUGGUGCACUUCAACCUUUACCAAAGAGGCCAGCACUUGAAAAAAACAAUGGUGCCACCACAGUCUUUAACCCAAGCGUUUUCCACUACCAACAGGCUCUAGCCAACAUGCAGUUGCAACAGCCUACAUUCAUCCCUACAGGGUCAGUUCUGUGCAUGACACCCACUGCAAGCGUUGUGCCCAUGAUGCACGGUGCUACGCCCACCACUGUGUCUGCAGCAACAACUCCUGCCACCAGCGUCCCCUUCGCUGCAACAGCUACCGCCAAUCAGAUAUCCCAGUUAUCAGUAGAUGAACUGAGUAGCAGCAUGUUUGUUUCACAGAUGUAGAAGUUCCCAAUAGAACACAGACCAUGUUGAAAUUCUGAACAGUAAAAUUAUGGAGCACCAGGACUUCUUGGUGGGAAGCUGCGCAUGGCCUUUCUGUAUAUAUCCCCUCUUCCCUCUAUCGUUCUCUACCACCUCUACAGUAAGCCUGUUGCAGCCUACAUGUUAACCAAAAACUGAUCAAUGGGAAUGUCAAAUAAUAAAAAAAAAAAAAAGCACUAUAGAAACAAUUAACAAACAGCGCUCUGUUAUAUGAGAUAUACAAGUAGAAAAUUAUAAUAGACUUUUAUAACACAUUACUUUAACACACUUAAUCAUUUUAUGACUACCAUCCUGAUAAGUGCAUCUGCACAGCGGA